AUGGGAUUCAAUGAAGACUCUCCAGAACCCUUAUGGCUUACUAUCUACCUUCCCAGUCUCCCUUACCUAUCCGCCUCUUCUAUAGUUCCAACUGAGCGAAGACCAGAGUUCCUUCAACUUUCCCUAACAUGCUCUGAAGCGCCCAUUGUUCCAGAAUUUUCAGACCAACAGCAGAAAUUGUAUGAUUUUGCAUUCCGGUGUUCCCAGUUUUGUUUGCUGUACCAAAAGCCCGGAUACAAUGUCGCUUGCCUUUUGUUUGAUCCUAAGAAGCUGGAGAUCCCACAAAUAGUGCAAAACCCAAUGAAUGAAAAAGAGCUGUUUGUCAGAUGGUUUGUCUUAAGAAGCUGUGUAAAUGAGGGAACCGCCUCGGAUUAUUGGGACAAAUCCAGACACCAAAACCACGAUUUCCUGUUUUGGACCUGGAAAUUAAAAGCUGUCAUACUGAAAAAUACACAUGAGGAUCAACUAAAGCAAGGAUUCAUUUUCCUGGAUUCUGAUCAGCCACCUAAGCUUCCUGAGCUCCCAAAUUCUACAGUCGCUCUGACACCAAAACUAACAGGAGUUUCCUCUUUUUGGUAUCUGGAAGAUCCAAUGAUUAAGGACAAAUCCAGCUUGUUCGAUCCAAAAAAUCCAAAAAAGCCGCAAUUAGUCAAACAGCCUGCCGAUGAGAAAGAGUUGUAUGUUCAGUAUUCAAUCGAAACCGAAAAAUGCUAUCGGACUACAAGGGAAAGAGCAGAAUUGAGAUGGGAAGAGCGAAAAAAUGCGCAGAAUGGAUUACUGUAUGUGACUUGGAAGGUGCACGCGGUGAAGCUCCGGCUGGAGCAUGAGGACCAGAUUCGGAAGAAUUGGAUUAUAGUCAAGAGCCACCAAUAA